AUUAUUCUGAAGCACCUACAUUACAGUUUCCUUCAAUAGCGGCAAAAUAUUAUUUUGUUUUUGUGCGUUAGAUGGCGCGAUUAAAUAAGUGUUUCUCAUCUAUGUGAAACCCAGAGAAUCGUGUAACUUUAUUUCCUUUCCUAUCAUUAACUUUAUAGGCUAUAUUUCUUUUACUUUGGAGUGUUCAAUACGCAUGGUUUAUCCAAAUUAGUGUUGUACGUGUCAAUCUAAAUAUGCCUAAAGAAAAGGAGUCGUUAUAUACCCGAAAAUACCGAGUUGCUUGGGAAUCCGAUGCUGAACUUAAAGGAUGGAUUGGUCCUGUAUUAGCAGAUGAGACAAAGUCGCUUUGUAAGAUAUGUAAAUGUACUUUAGCUGCACAUAAAAAAGACUUACUGCUUCACGGUAAAAGUAAGAAACAUCAAGAGGCGGAGAAAAGAUCUUUGACUGGCUCGAGUAAAAAAAUUACUGAGUUUAUGAAAAAAGAUAGUAAAUAUUCAUUGAUUAUAGAUGAGAGCACUGCAGUCGAUUCCACAAAAAUGCUAUGCGUUAUGAUAAAAUAUUUUAGUAAAAAGCAAACUAAGAUUGUUACGACUUUCUACAAACUUAUCGAAAUUGAAAAGGGAGAUGCCAUAACUAUCUCGGCUGCGGUGACAAAACAACUGGAGCUAGACGGUUUAAAAUUAGGGAAUCUAAUAGGAAUCGGUGUGAAUGGAGCCAAUGUUAUGGUUGGAGCGCAUAAUUCAGUAGCUUCUUUUUUGAAAGCAAAGAAUAAUGAACUUGUUAUUAUUAAGUGCGUCUGUCAUUCUCUGCAUUUGGCAGCAGAGUAUGCAUUUAAACUUCUACCUCGUCAUUUGGACUUUAUAAUCAAGGAAUGCCACAAUUGGUUCUCUUGUAGUACAAAAAGGCAAAUAGCAUACAAACAAAUAUUUGAAACACUGACGGAUCAAAAACCACUAAAAAUUGACCAACUAUCAGGAACCAGAUGGCUAGCCAGAUACAAUGCGAUAGUUAAAAUUCUAGAACAAUGGGAUGCAUUAAAAAUACACUUUGGUAUAGUAAAAGAUAAUGAAAGACCGCCUCGGGGAAGUUUGGAUGUUGCAGUAGGUAUAUUAGAUAAUACGUUGUCCACCUUAGCACCGUCUAAUGAAUGCAUCUUGGUACUUGAUGACCUCAACGUUAAUUUCUUUAUUGAUAAUAAGAUUAAUCAGUGCUUUCAAUCUUACAGCCUGCACCAGUUAUUGAAUGAACCAACUCGAAUAAUUGAUCAUUCUUCAACGCUUUUAGAUCCGAUGCACAAAGAUGUUCCAAAAAACAUCACUACGAUAGGUCUCUUAACAUACAUUGAACGCGAGAGGGGCGAUCAUCGAUAUAAUUCCACAACAAAAGUAUACCUGUUGACGUCAAGUGAAGUGAAGAUAUAA